CAGACUUUUUUCAAUCAUCGCAGCUGUGAUCACGAAAUAGCCAAGAUGGGAAAGACGAUUGUUGCUGAAAGUGAGAUAGAACAAUCAGUUUGGAAGUUAAUAGAAAAUAAGAGCUUUGUAUUUGGCCUAAUUGUUGGGAAGUGCUCAUCACAGAAGGAUGCUGCCCUACACCUGAUCCCAACACCUUGUGAGGAAGGAGACAAUGGGAGCAGCGAAAAUCAGCAGUCUCCAGAAAACUUAUGUGAACAGUGGGUUGCUGAACACGCCAGACAGGUGACAUGUAUGCUACCGGGUGGUGUGGGAGUGAUAGGCGUGUUCUACGUCUGCACCCCAAACCAGGCCAUGCCCAUGGCAACCAAGGCUCGCCAGGCACUCUUCGCGAUCUACAAGCUUCUUAACAAGAGACUUCUACUUGGCUUGGAUUCAAGACGGGAUAGUAGUAUGGAAUGGAGCGUGCUUCAUAUCUGUAGUACAACCAGAAAAACAACAUGUAAAACAAUCAAUGUCUUAGACCAUAAGUGCACAGCUAGGCCGGCGGAUCUCAAGUAUCAGACGAACCCCCACAAGUGGUCCAUCCUUGAGAGUUGUCUUAGACUAGAUAUAGGGGUUCAUCUCCCAUCAACGGUGCCAGACUGUAGCCAGUACAGUAAACAACUCACAGCACGUCUGUCACCAGUCACAAGAAUGAUAGAAGAUGCGAUAGCCUUGGUGGAUGGACAGCUAAGGUCCGGAUCAGAACUUCUUGAAAACCAGCAGAUGAAAAAGAAGUCUGGUAAGAAAGGGAGUACAGGCUCAAACGAAGGCAGCACACACACGGUGGAACUUGUUACGGAUAAGAAUGAUUUGAGCAGUAAGUCUAAAGAUGUGGAGAGGGGAACUGUUCAAGCCAAUAUAUACAUCACAGGAACAAUGUCCUCAAGGGCAUUUGUGGAUCCAAAGGCAACCGUUGACGAGGCUAUACAGGCAGUCAAAGAAGAUCUCCUGCGUACAGUCCACGCUAGGUUUGACCUCUUAGCUAGUGACCUUCGACAGAGCAGCGGCGAUGAGGAACUGAAAGAAACACAGAUCGCUCCACCCACUGUCAUAGCUACACCCAGGCGUAUCUAUGCUAGACUCCGAACCAGCCCCAUCCUGGUGUCCGACUAUGCCUUUGCUGAGGAGCAGGCAGGGGAGAUAGCAGAGAGAAUGGCAGAACUCCUGGAUGUGGAGGUUAGCGAGGAAGACCUGGACCUUGACACUGAAGCAUUACCAGAUGAGAGUCUACUGAACCCUUCUGACAAUGGCGUUGAUGAAGAAGAAGGGGAACUGAAUGUAUCAACUAGAUCAAGCAAAUCAUUACAAUAUAUGGGUGCUGCUGCCGUGGGUUUGCUAGGAGCAGCUGUAGCCGGAGCUAUGUCAUACCUUGCCAUCACCCAAGAUUAAUGGCCGCACAUCUCCAUCCCCUCUCCUCUCCAAGCCCCACCCACCCUCGCCCAAUAUUCUAUCCAUCCCCUGUUUUUGUUUCUCUCUUCCCUGAUCAUCCCCUUUUCAUUCUACCACCUGCUGCUACCCCCCCCCCUUUCUGCCUUCCCCUUUCUGCUUCCUUCCUCCUCCAUCCCCUCCACCUUGUCAUCAUCCCUACGCAUCUAAUCCUCUUUUCCCCUUUGCACCCCCCUUCCCCCCUCCCCGACUCCUCCUGGGUCCCGUAACACAAAGGUUUAUUAGCGAUUGAUCGUAUGCUUGAUUUUUACGAUUGAUCGUACAUUGUAGUCAAUGGAAUCAAUCGUAGAAAAAUUUUCUACGAUCAUUGCUAAGUUUUUUGUUUCGGGCCCCUGGUCAUCUUCCCUCUUCCCCACAUGUACUUCCCCUCCCAUUUCCCCUCCCUCUCCCAUUUUCCCCUCUUCUGUCAUUUCCACUUCCUCUCCCUCCCAUUUUUACUUCCACUUUUCCUCCCCUUCCACUUCCCCUCUCCUUCUAUUUCCCUUCCCCAUCCAAUUUCCCCUCCCCUCACAUUUCCCUUUCCUCUCCCAUAUCCCCUCCCCUCCCAUUUCCCCUCCCCCUCCAAUUUCCCCUCCCAUUUCCCAUUACCCCUCUCCCUCCCAUAUCCCCUCCCUCCCAUGUCCCCACCCACUACCCCUCCCAUUUAUCUUUGUCCUCUCUCCCUAUCUCUUCAUGUACUCCACUCCCCUCCUCUUUUUUUUUCAUUUCUUUAAACACACAGGCUUCCUCAGAUUUGGUGCAAUAAAGCUUAGCAACACUUUCCUGUACAAAGUAAAUGGGAUAUAAGGCAUCAACUUAACCCUUUGCUUAAUGGAACCAAAUUUUCUCUCUACAAAAUCUAUGGGAAUUUUUUGGGGUUAAGUUCUUUUAUGAUUAUUACAGAGGGAAAAGUACUGUGAACUGACUGUAAAAAAAGGGUUACAGAGGCAAGUAACUGGUAACUGAUCAAAUUCUUCAAAAAAAGCACAAAUAAAUAAGAAAAUUGCACAAAGUGUAAACUCUUUGGAAUCGCACAGACAAACUUGGCAUGACUUGCAAGAUAUUCAUCGUCAUCUGGGCAUUUACCUUGAGUAAUACAUGUAGCAUUAUACAGUAUUAUGAUGCCACAAGUUUGUGUGCACGGCUUUGGAAAAACUUUAGACUCGAAGCGUAUAGUACGCACCUGUUGUCAUGGAUGACAAUGCAAAUAUCCAAGCAUUGUUUGGCAGUAGCUGAAUGCGACUUCAUGAGUUUUAGGGGAAGAUAUUAAACUUUUUUCUCUUUCUUUUUAUAUCUUUUAUUCUCUACAUUCUUGAUAGCAUGGCUGCUUUUGACAGUAAAUUUUCUAUGAAAUAUAUUAUACUUUUUUUUCUUAGAUAUUAUGUUGAAAUUAAAGAGACAAUUGUAUUUUCUUGUACAGAAAGCUAUCAAUGUAUUAUCGAUGUAUUAAACUGAAUGGAUAAAGAGUAGAGUUAUUUUUAAAUUUAGCUUUUUAGUUGGUAUUUAAGUGCAACUUUCUUUCCAAAGCCAUUUCGGGGAUAUUUUCAUAGGCAGAUUUUCAGUGACUUUCACUGACAACUGUUAUAAACUAUUGAAAUCCUUUGAUCUUAUUGGUUGAGAGCAAAUUGUUCAGUGGAAAUCACCAACAAGACCCCUCAUGAAACGCUCCCCUCUGGGCCCCGUCUUACAAAGAGUUGCAAUUGAUUCCAUCAAUUUAACCUCUAUGGAAAUCCAUCAGUGUCAUAAUUUUUUCCACAGGAAAUUUGCAAAAUGUCCUUUUUAAACAAAGAACACACCAAAUUGUCAAGAAAUCAAUGAAUUUAUGAAUAUACAUUAAUAACUAGGAUUUUUUUUUUAACAAACAUGCAUUUUAUAUGUUGACUUUUCUCGCUUUCCAUAGUUGCGAUGGAUCGGAUCAAUCACAGCUCUUUGUAAGACGGGCCCAUGGUCACACCUUACAUUUGUUAAUGUGUCUUGUGAAAUUGCAUCCCAGAAAGAAAAAGGAAACCGGGAUUUCCAUGCCACUUUAAAGUCAAAUGAAUUCAGAUAUUUCAUUUACAUCAUCGUACAAUUCAAUUAUUCCUCUUAAUUGAUACCUAAUAUGAGACGAACACAUCGCGCAUUAAUGAGUUUGAAAUUUUAAUGUCGAAAUCAGGUUGUGCAGAAAAAAAUUGGCAAGAUUGGGUAGCUAUAACACGACCGUGCUUAUUCGACGAUUGACUCAUUGGCAUAUAAGUUUCUCUUGCUGCUCCUUGAAAUGAGAGUGGAUUCAGAUUUACGCAUGAGUGAAUCGUUUCUGACAUGCCUCAAUAUUUAUUGUUUGUAAUCUGCCAUGCAUGAAUAAUUUGCAAAGCUUUUGGUCUUGAAGUAAAGACGAGAUUGUACUCUUACCAUACGUAUCAUAGUAAAAACAUAUUUGUGAAAUCUAUCUCUGAAAAUGGCUUCCCUUUUUUUGUAGGAUGCUCUGUAUAUAUAUGUAUGUUUGUCAUCUCAAUUUAUUUCUUUUUCAUGGGAAAAUUGUACUGUUAAAAAAAAAUAUAUAUAUACUAUCCACUGUUAGCAUUCCAAAUAUUCAUUUAUGAGAUCAUUGUAAAGCAAAUGUUAAUAAAAUUUUAGAAAUAUUU